AUGGCAAAGGGCUGCCACGCUUUUCACUACGCAAUGAUUUCCUCUGCUUACGCCGCAACCCAGAUGCUGAGCUCACCGCUCUUGGGAGUGCUGUCAGAUCGCAUUGGGCGUCGGCCGAUUCUGCUAGGGGGCUUGGCUGCUACUUCAGUUGUGUAUCUGCUGAUGGCCAAUGCAAGCACCAUUUUCCAACUCUUGCUGGCCAGAGGUGCUCUAGGUUUCGUAAGUGGGACAAUGGCAGCGGAAGUGGCGUACAUGGCGGACUUGACCUGGAAGUCCGACCGCGCCUACUGGGUGAACUUGCAGGCGAGACUGCAGGCCGCCGGGUGCCUUCUGGGGCCAGCUAUAGGUGGCAUGGUGGAACCCUACGAGCGGAAAAGAUUUGAGAGCCACUUCGAGUUCGAGCACCUAUGCUAUGCCAUCUCAGGGCUGUGCGUGCUCAACUUCAUCAUAGGUGUCAGAUUCUUCACUUGUCCAAAGACUGUCAAGGCGGCACGGCCAUCAGUGCAAGCACCAGCUGAUUCGCCGCGCCGCAAAAUUUCUGUUGUCAGUUCUAACUUUCUGCAUGGGCCAACAAAGCUUCUAAUGCUGGCUUGUUUCAUCGAUGGCUUCUCCCUCGCCGUCAGUGAUGGUCCCGAGGCUUUCUUCCUGCAUGACCAAUAUGGUUUUGCCCCGGAGCAGCAAGCGCAGUUCAUGAUGACUUGUUCCGCAUCCAGCCUGCUGUGGGGAAGCCUGGCAACGUACAUGGGCAAGCUGCUACCUGCGAAGCUGACUUGCGUUGUGUUUACCAUCAGCACAGCUGGUGUCAUGGUGCUAAUGACAUUGUCCAGAGCAUGGUGGACUCCUUAUCUUUAUGCCGUUCUCUUUGGCUGCUUUGCCACUUUGGUCGAAGUGACCAGCAAAGCGAGCCUUGUCAACACCCUUGUGCCGGAGAAGCAACAGGCGGCCGUCUACGGAAUGCAGCGGGGUCUCUUGAAUCUCGGCUUUUCCUUGGGACCACUGGUGGGUGGUGGAACCUAUGAGACAUCUCGUGGCCUGCCAUACACCAUUUCAGCCUGUUGCCUUUGCAUCAGUGCUUUGAUCUACCUCUCUCUGCCGUCGUCGCUGACUCCCGGAGGUGACUCCUUGCUGGGCGAUGACAUUGAAGACACCGAAAGCAAAGAAGCGCUCGAGCAUUUGAGCAAUCAGGCUCCGCUUCCCGCAAAGAGGUUUGGCGCCACCCUUGCGACGGAGAAAGCGAGAAGAGUUUACUUUGUUUGUCCAGACCUUUACGAAGCUUAUAGGGAGCAGGCUGAGCAGAAGAGGCGGCACUCCUUCACCGAAAGCGCUCUCCAGGCGGCGGGACGCUCGAACACCAUCGGCGAGGAAUCUUUCUCGCUUCGAAUGGACAGCGAUCGCUUUCUGGCAAAAGAUGAAAACUUCAGGCAAGUCGCGGUCUCCAUUGAUUGCGAGAUAUUGCGAGACAACGAGACGUGUCCUGACAUACUUCCAUUCUGCGUGGGCGACACGACGCCGGGUCAGCUCUUCCGUCGCACGCCUCCCACCACUCGAGAUGGGUUAAAGCUAACAACGGAAGGCCGCAAGUAUGAGCUACCGGAUCACGUGACCUGCCUCAUGGCAAAGCAUCCAUGGAUGGAGGUCAACUGGUUGGAAGAGGAUGCAGGACCUGGCACCAAAUUACUUGGGGCAGCUGACUGGUUUCAAAGAUCGAUUGGCAGGGCAAUCCCUGGCGACAUGUUGAUGUUGCUCGACGAUGACCAUGCUUACCUACCGUCAGCACUAGGCGAGUUGUGCCAGAUCCAGCAAAGCCUUGGAUGUGACUACAUCAGCUCUUUCUUCGCCUACUUCUUCCGCGGGCUCAUGGUGCCCCAGGGCGCCGAUAUCGUCGCCUUGCAGCUGGACAGCACAACUUUGGGGCGCAUUAUUGAGUUUCACAGGUUCUUUGUGAGAGGCGAUGCCGCAUGUUUCCUGGUGGAUGAUCUGUGGACUGCCAUGUUCUACUUUCUUAGCGGGAGGCAGGUGCGCUCCUUCCGCGACAGAGUCAUCCAGAGGGGCUUGGAAACCAUUUAUUCUCGUACGGACAACGCAUCCGUCGCAGCUUUGAUGGACUUGGAUGGCAGUGCGCGAAGGGAUCGCGCGAUGGUGUCCGCGUUUGAGGGCUUGCUGCAGCGCCUUUUGGACGAGGAGUCCCAGCUUUCUAGCAUUGCCGGCGAAGAUGCAGUUCAACGUCUCCACAAGCUGGCCGCAGAAGUGAGGCAAGCAGAUCGACGUAUUGUAGAGCUGAACAGGUGGCUACUGCAAGCGCAGUCGGGUGGGACAUACGAGUCCCAACUGCUGCGGCGAGCAACGCAGGAGCUGGCUCAAUUGAUGCACUUGUACCUAAUGCAGAAGCUGCCGGAGAAACUACCGUCGACAAGCGAUGCCGAAAUUCUGGCAGAAGAAGUAAAUGCUGCAGUGCCGAAGGAAAAGCUCGGGGCGUCAAGAGCAGUGAGGGUGUGCCUAACUCCCGCUUGCUUUAUUCCAGUGUAA